CGAUCUCUCCAACUCUCCCUCUCUCUAAAUCUACAUACGCUUUUCAUCUCUUCCUCGUCGCAAGAACCAACAAUGGCGGACCAAGGGCAGUUCAAGGCAGGAGAAGCAAAGGCCCACACUCAGGAGAAAACUGGUCAGGUGAUGGAGAAGGGAAGCGACACAGCCCAGGCGGCGAAGGACAAGGCAGGCAGCGGCGCGCAGACCGUUAGGGACAAGGCGUCGGGGGCCCCCGGUGCGGCCAAGGACAAGGCCUCCGGCGCUGCCGAGUCCGCCCAGGAGACUGCCCACGAGGGGAAGGAGCGGGCCGGAGGGAUCCUGCAGCAGACGGGGGAGCAGGUGAAGAGCAUGGCUCAGGGAGCUGCGGAUGCUGUGAAGAGCACCCUUGGCAUGGGAGGUGGUGACAAGGAGAAGCAUUGAUCAAUCUUUGUUAAUUGAUCGUCUCUCUGUCCUUUGAUUGCUGCCGUCUCUUGUUAGUGUUUGAUUCAGUGUCUGAUCUGGUCUACGUAGGCUUCUUUAAUUUUCCCUUUCCUGUUCAGUUAGUUUUUGGGUUUGGCUGCGCUGGUUUAGUGUCAAAUAAUCGUGGUGUAAGAGAAGGAUGAAAGCAGGAGUAAUUCGCUCGAGAAUUUUGUUUUUUAAGCCUGUAAACUUCUUCCUGACCAUAGACGGAGCGAUUCGGGUGAAUCCGAAGUAACUUUUUAUUUACUCAGCGAUGCAAUGUAGAUCGAACUUUUUAUUUACUGGCGGAAUUCAGUUUGGUCAUGGAUUAUAUAUUUAACAU